ACAUAGGUUAACGGAAUUAAAGUUGAGAGUUUAUUUUAGAGGAUUUUUCAUUGAGGUUUUUUUUUACGAUUCAUCUUUAGUUUAGGGGUUUAUUUACAAAAACCCGUUAUAAAAAUUUAUAAUUAAGACAAUGAUGUUUUCUUGUAAAUAAUUUAAAAAAAUAAAAGGCAUAAUCUCAGUACAAAUUCUGUUUUAAUAGCAUAGAUAGGUUAAAACAAAAAAAGCAAACGUGACGUAGUUGAAAAUCCUUGCAGGAUAUAAAAAUCCAUCUAUCAUCUUAAUUUUUCGUCGCUACUUCAAUUAUUGACACAAUCAUUGGAUUAUACACGUAUAAGAUCAGUAUUUCUUAUAGGUCAAGAAAGGUUAACUUCGUCAAAACUACUAAUAUUUAAUAGGAAUUGUGUUUGUUUCCUUCUCAUAUAAUACAAGUUCAUGCCAAGAUCUCGUUACUAAACAAAUCUUAAGCUUAACUCAUCCGCAUCUUAACAUAAACACAAAGUCCGUCAAGAAACAAAAAGCUCUUCCCGGAAUAAAGAAAAUGAAGCUUUGGAACACAAGAUUAUCGUUUAUAAUCAUUGUGAUCGUUAUUUUCGCCGGGCUUCAUUUCUCCUCAGGAGGCCGAAAGCUACCAAGCACGACGGCGAUGGAGGAGUUUCAAGAACGGUUCCGACGAUUUAGAUUUCACAGUGAGAGAAUGCUACCAACAGUUAGCACCGGCGAGAAGUACAAGCAGAUCUACGGAGUUUCACUUAAGAAAAUUCCCGGCGGUCCAAACCCACUUCACAACAAAUGAUACGUAACAUAUUUAUUUCAUUUUAAAGUUUUCAUUUGAAAAAGUGAAUUACAUAGGGCAAAUUAUGUAUCAGUUGAUUGUCUUGUUGUAUUAAUUUAUGUGAGAACUUAGAUAGGAAAAAUAACUAAUACGUAUGUAAAUGAUAAACUAAUUUAGUAAUUUAGUUUUGUAUAUAUAUGAGGAAUGUCUUUUGAAUAAUUUGAUAAUAGGUCGUUGUUAUAAAAAUCAUCUUCCAUAUAUAUAUGCUAGUUUGUCAGAGGCAGUAAUUUUUAAUGUCUUUGGUCCAACUUCAAUAAUUUAAUUUUCUUUUCUUUUCUUGAUCUAAGUUUGUCAGUUGUUACUAUGAAUAUAUAGAGACAAUGUUUUCGUAUUAAAACAAAACUGUUUACAGCUUCAAAAUAUUAUAAUUAAUUUGAAAUUUGUUUACCAAAGAAAUUGAUCAGUUCAAAAAAUCGAUCAGGCAACAUGUAUAUAUGAAUACAAUGAGCAGAAGCAGACAUAAGUCAUGCAUUCACCAAACAGGAUGAUUGAAUUAUAGAUCGUGGACUUUAAUAAACAUAUAACAAUUUCACUUUCAUGAAAUAGUAAGGCGAUAAUUACGCAUUUAUGAGUUAAAAGUCAACAAAAUGUGUAAGCAGGCAGGCACUACCAUGCGUACCUUAUUCAUUCACUUUGUUGUUUUUUCAGCUUGGACGUCCAAUAAAAUCAUAUAUGUUAUAAAUUAUGUGAUGGAUGUCCAUAAUCGGCCUGAUCCAUUAGAGGUCUAAUCUGCAGGAAAGAGAAAGAGAAAGAGGAGAGAGAAUCGGCCAAAGAGAGAGAGAGGUGACUACAUUGUGUUUUCUUUUUUUCUUUUCCCUUUGUGUUUAUGAUUUGUAAUCUUUCCUUUUAUUUAUCUUGUAAUUCCCUAUAUAAAGGGUACACUUUAUAAUUAAUGAAAUAAGAACUUACUGAUUAUAAUCCUAAGUUUUACAACACGUUAUCAUCACGAUAGCCUUUAAAAAACCUUAAAGCUAAAAACCAUAAAUCGAAAAUCCUAAUCCUACCCGACGAACCCUAACCCGAUCGCGUCUCUUGUUCCUGCAAGCGUUCCCGUCUCAGCUUCAUCCGAUCAGCUCCAGCCCCAAGGCGUUCCUGAUCAUAGACGAACUCAGCCUCAGCUCUUGACCAGGACAGUUCGCGAUCCGACAGCAACAACUCCCGUUCGACGAUCAGCCGUUCGCGAUUUGACAGCAAACAACUCAUGUCCAGCUCGCGUAUAGAUCGUUCCCGUUCGUGUUGCAGCUCUAGGUUCAUUCUUUGGUGGUCCGGUUCAUCAAACAACUAAGUUAAAGGUAAUUCGAAUUCUAAGAACAUAUGAAUCGAAUUGGGUUGAUUGAUAAAGAAUGAAACCAUAAAAUAUAAUCUUUAUGAUAAAAGCCAUAGGAUAAUAGAUCAAACCC